UCCGCACAUGCGCAAAUCACCACCAACCGCCGUGACGUCGGCAGUGACGCAGAAAAUGGCGUCCUCCGCUGGCCGGCUCACCACACGCUGUUUAACAGCAUCGGCCACUUCUGGACUUCGUAGCGGCCGUUUUCUUGUCGUCUCCGCCCGACAUGGAGGCUGUGGUCAAGGGGCUGCCUCUCAGACUCACCGGGGUGGGAUAGCGGUCAGCCUGAGCUCCUGGACAGGCGUGACAUUGAGAGGACUGACAGGGGUGAAAUGUCCUCAUCAUGGCAUCACAAGCCACUCUUUCCACUCCAGCUGCAGACAGAACAACAAGCAGGACUUCUAUGAUGUGCUGGGCGUCUCCCGCACCGCUUCACAGAAGGACAUCAAGAAGGCCUACUACCAGAUGGCAAAGAAGUAUCACCCGGACACCAACCCAGAUGAUCCAGACGCCAAAGAGAAGUUUGCCAAGCUGGCUGAAGCCUAUGAGGUGCUGAGUGACGAGGUGAAGAGGAAGCAGUAUGACACGUAUGGAGCCGCUGGCUUCGACCCGAACCGCGCCGGGGCUGGCCAGCAGCAGUACUACAGGGCUGGCAGCGCCAGUGUAGACCCUGAGGAACUCUUCAGGAAGAUCUUUGGAGAGUUCUCAGGAGGCUUUGGAGACUUCCACAACAUGUUUAACCAAAGGCCAGAGUUCGUGAUGGAGCUGACAUUUUCAGAGGCAGCGAAGGGAGCGAAUAAGGAGCUGACCGUCAGCCUUGACGACAACUGUCAGAGGUGCGACGGAAAGGGCAACGAGCCGGGCUCCAGGGUGAUCCACUGUCACUACUGCAACGGCACAGGCAUGGAGUCGAUCAACACGGGUCCUUUCAUGAUGCGCAGCGCGUGUCGACGCUGCGGGGGCAAAGGAGCGAUCAUAAACACACCCUGCACCCUGUGCAGAGGCUCGGGUCAGACUAAGAAGAGACAGACGGUCACUGUGCCCGUACCUGCUGGAGUGGAGAAUGGUCAGACAGUACGAAUGUCAGUGGGGAAAACAGAAAUCCUCAUAACAUUCAGGGUCCAGAGGAGCCCGGUGUUCAGACGUAAUGGAGUAGACAUCCACUCAGACGUGCUGAUCUCCAUAGCUCAGGCCAUCCUGGGAGGUACGGCCACAACACAAGGCCUUUACGAGACAAUUAGUUUAGUGAUUCCAUCCAGCUGUCAGGCCGAUCAGGUGAUCCGGCUGCAGGGGAAAGGCAUUCGGAGGAUGAACAGCUACAGCUACGGAGAUCAUUACAUCCACGUCAAGAUCAGAGUUCCCAAGAAGUUGACCCGGAGGCAGCGCUCUCUGUUGCUGAGCUACGCAGAGGAAGAGACAGACGUUCAGGGGACAGUCAACGGUGUCAGUCCGUCCACAGGAGGGGGCAGCAGCAGCAGCAGCUCUUCAAGCUCUGGUGCAAAGUCGAGCAGCUCUGAGGAGGAAAAAGACAAACAGCAGCAGCAGCAGCAGCAGCAGCAGCAGAAGGAGGAUGAGGAGGGAGGAUUCUUCUCCAAACUAAAGAAAAUGUUUAGCUGACAGUCCAGGUAAAAAGAAACAAGGAAAAAAGUAAGUACAUUGACUGGGCCUUCAUGGUGGCUUCACCUCCUGGGCAAACAAGAAGAAGAAGACGAGGUGAAUGGCAGAAUGGGAUUUGUGUUGACACCGUGAACACGUUGUUCUCGCUCGCGGUUGGCAAACAGGUUGAGUACACUCCAGCUCCAUCCACGCAGCCACUGACCCAUCACCUCAGACAGGCGAAGAGCUCAACGUCUGCAUGGAAAGAAAAGAGGUGGUGACUGAUGCUCUGUGCAUUGCUGGAACGCCUCCUCCCUGCUCGCCGUGUACGAAGCUGCUCAACCAGACACAGGCGGUUAAACUACAACCACCUGAGAGGAGCCUUUUAAAUCAUACAUAAAGAAAUAGAAGAGAGAUUAAAGGAGGGAAUUUAUAAAUAAAUGGGUGGCUGUGAACUAAUUGGAGUGGGUUUUUAUGACUUUACUGGUGACUUUAAAACUUUACUUUUGUGGCAACAUUUGUGCAACGACUCAGAAACGGGUUCAAGUAGAAUCUGUUCAACAAAUGUAGAUAAUUUAUUCACAAUAAAAUAGAAUUUAACUUAAAUCAGCCGUUCAUAAACCCCACUACAUGUUUUUCUACAGUUUAUUUCUCUUUUUGUAAUCUAGGUUAUUAACACGUUAUUUAUGUGCGUUGGCUCUGUUUUGUUUAUAUAUGGUCCCAUAUUACAUAUUCUACUCAACAGUAUAAAUAAGACAUUAAAAAUCCUUUUCCGCUGAUUUCAAUUGUAAUGAAGAGCACUGGGACCCUGAUCAAAAAUAUUUGUUACUAUCAAAGUUGUGUGUGGCAACAAAACUGUGCAAAAACUAAUUUAAAUAAAGUGUUGAAAGUU